AUGGCGUGGAUAUCCGCACCACUUCUCAUCAGUGCCAACGUCUUCCUUCACGCCUGUAUCCGCCAAUUUUCUGUUGAAUCCCUAGUCUAUUCUGGCAUUGUUUUUGCCUUCUUCCUGAUCACUGGUACCGGCAUCACCAUUUCUUUAUACCUGGCACAUACCGUAGCCCUCCGGCAUGUCCGACCCGGAUACUUCUUGCCAUAUGCAGUCUUUAAGGCUUUCAGAAUAGUCACAUUGGCGAUUGUAUCCUUCGCCAUUCUAUUCUCGCCUACACUCAUCAAAACGUAUUUCUAUGCUAGUAUUUAUGGACUGUUUGAAACUGUAGCAGGGGCAAUCGCCCUGGAGGUCACCAUCCGCUGCAUCCGGGAAACCAAACGGAUCCGAAGUGGACGCCGUCGUCAGACCCGUGCCGACGCGAACCUCCCGCCAAAUAUUGUCUCGAAGAGCACACUAAUUCCGGAAAAUUGA